AUGGCAACAUUCCAACCAAAUAACUUGAGUCGCAUGCCAGCUCCUCAACCACUGAACAUUUUUGAUUAUUGCCCGGUCUGUUGUAAACAGUAUGGUAUCAUCUUUGUGCGACGUAAACAAUGCAAAUGCUGUUUAAGGUACUUCUGCUCAAACUGUAUUGGUGAGUCGAAAAACAAGUUCUGCACUUUGUGCGAAAAACACAACAACGAACACUUGACGUGUAUCUCAGUCUACGCAACUUACUUUAUUGAUGGGAGCGACCAGACGAAAAUGAUUGCAUUCGCCAAUUUCACGUACUAUUCCAACUCGCGAUACACCAUCUUUGAACUUGUGAACGGUGGGAUUAUCCCCGCAAUGAUGUUUCUUCUGAAAUUUCCAGAGUACCAACCGACACUGAUACAAAUAUUUGUCCUUGGAAUUAAGGCGGAUAGUAGAACGCGUAUAAUGUUCGACACACAGGCGUUUUUGGAGUUGAGUAAGAUGACCAAAUUACAUGAAGAGAUUCUGUUCAUCCUUGGGAACGUCGUUGUCGGGUCCAUGAAGGGUGCGACCGACAAACCAAAUCGAACAAUGGAAGAGGUUGUCGAAAGUCUUACAAAGGCAAGAGAAUUUGUCGAGAACGAGAAUUACCAAAUCAACGACUACAGGAAGGAGUUUAUAGAAGUAAAAGAAAAUAGGGAAGGGGAGUUUGUUGAACGAGUGAUGGAACAAUUUGUAAGCGACUCGAUGUUGUCGAUGUUACACGUGUUAUACAAAGAAAAUGAGAAGUAUAGAAAUGUUGUUGAGGUGAUGUACAGAUUCAUCGCAUGUGGUAUCGAAAUGACAAAAACUAAACUGAAUGAAAGUGCGUGUCGAAAUUUGGUCAAAAUGAUUGACCGAGACAAUUUGAGUUCACUUAUUAUUGUCAUCAUAGCAGCCAGUAAAACUCAAAAGUCGGUGGUUCCAUUCCUCGAGAAUGGAAUACUGGAGAAGAUGGACUCGCUCAUGGACGAAUACGACAAGACAAAUCACAUGGCUAUAGUUGAAAUUGUGAAAUUGAUCAAGGCGCAUUGGAGUGUGUUUUUGAAGUUGACUACAUCUCCAAUUUUCAUUCAGAUAUUAGUCAAACUUGUGAAAGAGGAGGAAGCAGCUCAAAUUGCUGCGGCAUCAAUUUUGGAAUUUAUAGUGGACAACAAAGAUAUUCCAAAGUACCAACUCUGUGAAUUGAUGAUUGAAGAACACCCGGAUGUUAUUGAGAUAUUACUGAACAGCGCAGUCAGAUCAAAGAAAGUUGUUGGAUUAAAAUUGAGUAAAGUGAUGCUGAACACAUAUGGCGAUGAGGCUAGUGUUGUGUUUCUUAGUCGUGGGAUUAUUGACUCGCUCAUCAUGCUUUCGAGAACUGAUUUUGAGCUCAUGUCAAGGUGUUACAAAGUGUUGCAAACAGCAGCACGGUAUCACACCGAGUUGGUUGAUUAUUACAUUCAAACAUCUUUCAUUUGCACACUGUUUGUCAAUAUGAAAAACGCGCCAUUACAGUCACUGGUUGCAAUCAACGAAUUGAUCGAAAACAACAACGUCAAAACCGAAAUUUUACAGACGCCUGAAAACAUCGAAAUGUUAAUUUCACUUCUGACAAGUGACGAUGGAAAGGUACUCCAUGAGGUUUUACACUUACUUAACACUUUGUACAAAAACGAAGAUGUUGUAAAAAAGACAAAGACAAACAUUAUGCCAUUGUUGUUGCCCCUCUUCAAAAAACUUCCAAUCCACUCGUUCGCAAUUUUAUUGCAAUUAAUAUGUUCGAUAAUAUCUGUUGUUGGGAUGGAGGAACGAGACGCGUCCCUCUUUGUCAACUCCUCAAUUUUGUUUUUGGAACAACAAAAAAACCUUUCGUUACUGCAGUCAGUCUAUACAUCUUUUGCUAUUGCAGUCAAAACACCACAAAUUCGAGACGUUUUCAUUCAUGGAGAUUCAAAUGACAUUGAGGCGGAUGGGUACUUCUCGUAUUUGGUGUGUUGUUUUGUGGCAGAGAAGUCUCUCGUAUUGAAAGCGGCCCAGCUGCAAUUUUUCACCCAGUUUAUCAUUAAAAAAGACAAAGACAAUUUGAUGGCAUUAGAUGUACUUCAACCACUCAUCACUUAUAUUUUACAAGCACAAAGUGUUCUCCCAACAAACGACCCCUUUGUGGCAGAGACACUGUUGUAUUUGGCGGCGGUCAUUUCAAUUGACAACGGGAAUGCAACGACUGUGAUAUACACAAGUGGAAUACUUGACAUAUUCAUUCAACUCACAACGAAGUGGAAAGCGACCAAAACAGGGUUAAUGGAGAAGUUUGUCGGAUUUGUUGAUAUCCUCUUUGAACAAAUUCCGUCUAUUUUUUCAGAACACCCGAAGUUGGCGAUGGCGAUACCAGAGUUCCUAGGGUAUUCCGCACUCUCAUUGGAUACAGUGAAAGUCAUUGUUCGACUUAUUAAUGAAAUGAAAAUGGUGAAUUUGCCAAUCAUCUUCCCGCCAAGUGGGGUACACACCUUGAUCAUCGCUUCAAAGAAAAAUCCAGAGGUUCGUGUAUUUGAGUUAAUUCAGAGCAACAGCAAUUUUGAGGUCGCUCUCCACAAAGACGUUGAUUUGUUACUCCACUCUACAUUACCUGAAAUGAGAAAUUUGGGGUUUCUUGUUGCAAAGCAACAAUUUGACGAGAAAGUUAUUGAUGGGGCACUAACAUUGAUGUGGGAAGAACUGGGUAAAGACGAACUUGUUGAGUUGCUUGAUUUGUUGUACAGUUGCAGUGUUGGAGAUUUUAAAGAGUAUUUGGUUUGCCAUAAGUUGGUUGUGCCAUUUGUGAAGUUUUUAAGUGAAUCGGCGGAUUUAUUUGGCGAGAGGACUGUUCUUUCUUUGUUCAGGUUCUUGGAUAAAAUACCGGUCACUCCGUAUCACAUCACUUUGGUCAAACAACACGGAAGACCUUUUACCAAAAGUGUUGUCAAUAUAAUAGAAAAGAUCCCCAUUUGCUUUUUGAAAGAAGAGAAGGAGUGGUUAUUCGAUUGUGUGAGGGAGAGACUGGACGAAGACGCGUAUCGUGUUAUUAAACAUUUGGUAUCGAAUAAAGAGUGCGAGACGUAUUUAAUGGGAAUGACCGACGUUGUGAUUGAGUUGGUUGAAAACAUGCCAAAAACCCUCGACGUGUUAAUUCGGAUACGGAAUGUCGAUUUACAGCCACUAGUCUUACUGUCUACGGAUGUUCACUCGAUGAUACAACAGGAUGGACGAGCUCUUCGACUGUUGGUGCCAUUUACGUGGUAUUCUAUGGAUUAUGUGGAUGAUGCGAAGGAGUUGUUGAUUGAAGGAAGAAACGUUGAAGAUGCGAUAUUCUUUUUUGUGUAUAUGAUGGACCGAGAAGAGAUGUACAAACGGAAGGAAGACGUCAUCAACGAAAUUCUACCUUUUGUCAAGCAUUUUGCACUAGGAGGAGGUGUUGGGGGGAAGGAACUCCUGAUGAAGAUAAUCAAUGGGGUGCCAAUGGAAAAUGAAAAGAUGAGUGUCGACUCGAUGUUUGAAGAGGCUGCGAUGAAAAAGGAUUAUGAGAUGUGCAAAGUAGUUUGCGAGAUGAUAUUAAAAGGGUUCAAAUUUUCAAUUGACAAACACAAAGAAAGUAUUCAGUUGUGUGUCAAGGAGGUUCCUGCAUUGUUGAUAAUUGCAACGAAAUAUUACGAUCAGAUGAUAGUUGGGAUCACAACUGACACUGUUGAAGAAGCGAUUAAGAAGUGUAGUAAAAAGAAGCUUUUUGAGGACAACUUGGUUGGAUUUAUUCUGAACUGUUUAAAGAAUAAAGAGUACAAGACGGUAGUAAAGAAGUUGGCCGACAAUGGGACGUUUAAAGGGAAUAUUGAGAACAACGUGUUAUUUGGAUUUAUUCAAUCGAAUUUGUGA